UCACAGUCUCUCAAGCUACUCAGCCUGGUACUAAAAAGAAGCUUGCAAUUGCAAGGAGGGAGGGGCGAGCAUGUAAUGUGGGUGAGAGAAAGCAUGUUUUAGCUGGGCGCUAACAAUAAGCAGCAGUGGGAUUUGUAUAAAUAAUGAGAUCAUAUUUCUGGGAAGCGUCUGGCGAAGGCGCACUGACACUUAGCUGAGCAAACUGCCGUUGUUGCACUGCUUACUGUUGUGGCCUGAGAUUCUGAAGCAUUUGGAACCAGUGACGUAUUGCCUGGCGGUGCCAAGUUGCUCUCUCUUACUUCUCUGAUCCAGGCAGAAGCAAUGGUCAAAUGGGCUGUGUUUGGGACUGCUGCCGUCUCUGUUACGCUUCUUAUUGUAAGCAUUGUACUGCUAUUGACCCACACCUUCAUGGAUAUAGUAGAGGGGCAGGUCAAGCAGGCAAUUGUUCUAAAAAAUGAAUCGGAAGUUUUUGAGGACUGGGCUAAUCCCCCACCACCAGUUUACAUGCAGUUCUACUUUUUCAAUGUUACAAACCCACUGGAGGUACUGAGUGGAGAAAAGCCAUUUGUCGAUGAAAUAGGGCCGUAUACUUAUAGGGAAUAUCGACCAAGAGAAAACAUUACAUUUUCUGUCAAUGGGACUGAAGUAUCUGCUGUCACUCCUAAAACCUAUGUAUUUGAACCAGAAAAGUCUAUUGGAGACCCCAAAGUAGACUUAAUACGAACAGUGAAUAUUCCUCUUGUGACAAUACUGGAAAUGACCAAAGACUCAAGUCUUUUAAGACCAUUUAUUAUAGCAGCCCUAAAAACAUACAAAGAAGGAAUGUUUGUCACUCGUACUGUUGAUGAGUUACUGUGGGGCUAUAAAGAUGCAGUUCUGUCGAUCCUUCAUCCUUUUAAAAAAAACAUCAGUGAUACAUUUGGACUGUUCUACAAGAUGAACACAACAGAUGAUGGGGAAUAUAUUUUUCUCAGCGGAGAGAAAGAUUACUUGGAGUUCACUCAAAUUGCUGAGUGGAAGGGGCAAAAAGCUCUUAACUGGUGGACCACAGAAACAUGUAAUAUGAUAAAUGGAACAGAUGGCACAUCCUUCCACCCACUCCUAAACAAAGAUGAUACAAUUUACAUGUUUUCCUCAGACCUAUGCAGAUCCAUCUAUGCUGUUUAUGAAAGCAGUGAAAACAUCAAGGAUAUUUCGGUCUUUCGUUUUUCUCCACCAGCAAGUGUUUUUGCAAAUGUGUCCGUCAACCCACAGAAUAAAGGAUUUUGUGUCCCAGAAGGAAAUUGCCUCCCAUCUGGCCUACUGAACGUCAGCAUCUGCAAGGAGGGUGCUCCUAUAGUAUUGUCCUCUCCUCAUUUUUACCAAGCUGAUGAAAACGUUAUUAACAGCAUAAGAGGCAUGAAGCCUGUCAAGGAGCAUCACAUGACUUUUCUGGAUUUAAACCCGCUCACUGGAACAUUAAUUCAAGCUGCUAAACGAAUUCAAGUGAAUGUUUAUGUCCGAAAGAUUAAUGUUUAUCUUAUUACUCAAGAUAUACAGACCUUGUUCUUCCCUGUGAUGCACCUCAAUGAGAGUGUCUUAAUUGAUGAUAAAUCUGCUGGGAGACUCCGAUCGAUUCUUUUUCAAGGAAGAGUGGUAGCCAACAUCCCAUUCAUUAUAAUGGGGCUGGGAAUCAUUUUGGCCUUUUUAUUUACAACAUUAAGCUGUCUACAGAAAAGGAGCAGAGACGAGGGUACAGAGGAGGAAAGGGGUCCUCUUAUAAGAGCAUCUUAACUCAUCGCUAAACAUGCUUCAAACCGAACUAUGCAAACUGAUCAGAUUCGUCCUGGUUGUAAGGGAUGCUUUUAUUGUUUUUUAAAUGCACUGAUGAAGACUGUGGAUUUUGUGAUCCUGUGGGACGUUAAUCAAGUUCAAUUUUUUUUUUUUUUUUUUUUUUUUUGCAGCAUAUUGAUUAAAAAUUUUACUUGAUUCAUUUAGGGACAGAUUUAUCAAAAUUUGAAUUUGGGAAAAAAUGCGGACGUAAAAAAAUAACUGCAACAAAACUUGUUACUUUCUUCUCGAAUGCUAGCUUAUUUAAGAAGAAACACAACAGAAUAUUCCCGCACACAUUUUGUCUCAGUCUCACUGGCGAGAAUCACAUUGUUCCAUUGAUUUUCAAUGAGGCUGUUAAUUUCAAAAGUUUUAAAAA